UAAUUCUGUAAUUCUAUUAUAAUUCUUAGUGGUUGAAAACAGUUCAGCAGUAUUCCAGUAUAUAUAUAUAUUAUAUUCCAUGAUAACCCAGUUACAUAUUUGCUCUAAUACUAUUCAAAGUUUGCUAAAUGUAUUAGGUUGUGAUAAGUUUUGCCUUAUAAACAAUCAAAUCAGAACGAACCCGAUUAUUAAAUAAAAACAAGAUACAAAAAUGUCAGCCUUAUUAACCGCGGAUUGGUUUCAAUUGGAUUCCUAUUACAGGAAAUUUGAUCUGUAUAAUAUGGUUUGGUCUAUGGACGAAGGCUUAGGCAACAUGAUUGUAAGCGGUGCUCCAUAUGGAGGUCCAAUUGCCGUAGUGAGGGAUAGAAAACAAUUUGUUCGUAUUAUGACAACAGCCAAACCAGUUAUUACUAUUUAUAAUGGUGUUGGAAAUAUCAUAUCAAAAAUUUUGUGGAAUAAUGGUGUGCUUGUGCACAUGGGAUGGUCAGAUGGUGAACAGUUGCUAUGUGUGCAAGAGAGUGGAGAUGUUCUAAUCUAUGACAUGUUUGGUGCUUAUCAAAAAACUUUUAGUAUGGGACAAGAAGCGAGAGAUACAAAGGUCUGUAAGGCACAGUUAUUUUCAAACCCUCAUGGAAUCGGUCUGGCUGUUAUGACUACAACAAAUCGCAUGUUCCUUGUGAGUAAUGUCUCUGAACCAAAAGUAAGACCUGUACCUGAUGUACCAAGAGCCAAUGAACCAAUAACAUGUUGGUGUGUUCUUAGUACUGGUCUGCGAUCUUCAGCUGUUAUUGGAUUCCUUGUGUGCAGAGACAAAGAGGUCUAUAGAUGUCAACUUGGCGAAUCAAGGCCCCUUCUUAUGCGACCUGAAAUAAGUAACGCUUACACACAAAUCCUAACAAUAGUGCCCUCACAAAAUGGACGCCAUAUUGCUCUAUUUACUGAUUCUGGUAUUUUGUGGAUUGGUUCAUCGGAAUUUAAGAGCAAAUACUGUGAAAUUGAUACCGGGUAUAUCAAACAACCCAAAGAAUUAGUUUGGUGUGGUUCCCAAGCUAUAAUAGGACAUUGGGAUGACACGAUGUGUAUCUACGGUUUUAACGGUACCACCGUGUCGUACCCGUACGACGGGCCGUUCCACCUCAUACCAGAGAUGGACUGCGUUCGGAUCAUUUCGGAAAUGACACACGAACUUGUACAAAAAGUGCCGGUUGUUGUUGAAAAAAUAUUCAGGAUAAAUAGUACCGCCCCCGGAUCGUACUUAGUGGAGGCCUCGAAGCAAUUUCAGAGACGCAGCCACCGCGCCGACGAGUACAUCCGGCUCGUGAAGCCGGACCUGGCGAGCGCGGUGCAGGACUGCGUGGACGCGGCGGCCUUCGAGUUCUGCCCGGACGUGCAGAAGCUGCUGGCGCGCGCGGCGCAGUUCGGCAAGGGCUUCCUGAGCGACGCCGUGCUCACCGAGCACUACGUGCGCACGUGCCGCUGGCUGCGCGUGCUCAACGCCGUGCGCGACCCGCGCGUCGCCGUGCCGCUCACCUACCUGCAAGUUCAAAAUCUAGGCGAGAGAAUUUUAUUAGACAGGCUCAUAUGGCGCCGCUUGCACUGUCUCGCCGGACACAUCGCGUCCUAUCUCCAGCUGAAAGAUGGGCAAACGAGGGUAUUGUCGCAUUGGGCCUGUUAUAAGGUAACACAGCCGCACCUGGACAACGAAAGUGCUGCUCGAGAAAUUGGCGAAAAACUAAGAAACAUUCCUGGUAUAUCCUACUCUACGAUUGCUAUGAAAGCUGCAGAAAAGGGGAGAAAGACGCUAGCUAUUAAGAUAUUAGAAUAUGAAACUCGCAGUAAACUUCAAGUACCUCUGCUAUUGGCCCUCGGAGAGGGUCCCACUGCGCUAUUGAAAGCUACGGCUAGCGGGGAUACGGACUUGGUCUAUAUAGUGCUGUUGCAUUUGAAGGAAAAGAUGGGAAAACACGAAUUUGAACUGACGAUCCGCAGCUUCCCGCUGGCGCACGCGCUGUACAUCAAGUACUGCGCGAGCCACAACCGCGAGGCGCUGCGCCAGGUGUUCGUGCAGGAGGACGAGUUCGCGGGGCAGGCCGCCUCGCACAUCCGCGACGCGCUGGAGCCGCACUCGCCCGGCAGCGCCGAGGCCUCGCUGCUGUCCGCGCGCGAGUGCUACCGCAAGGGCAAGAACGACCUCGGAGUAUCAAUUUGUGAAGAAGCGAGAAAAUUAUGCAAACAGCAGUCCAGCCUCCAAGAAACUUACGGCGAAAGCUUCGUGGGUCUCUCCUUACAGGACACUGUGAAAAAACUUCUAAAUCAAGGCGAAGUUAAAUUGGCUGAUAAACUACGAUCUGAGUACAAAAUGCCCGACAGAAGAUAUUGGUGGCUACGUAUCCUGACAUUAGCCGAAAGAGAUGAAUGGGCGCAGUUAGAAACUUUUUCAAAAUCAAAGAAAUCUCCCGUCGGCUACGAGCCCUUCGUCGACGCCUGUCUCAAAUACGGCAAGAACGAUGAAGCUCUAAACUAUUUACCGAAAUGUAGAGAUGACAUCAAGGUCAAAUAUUACGUAAAAGCCGAGUUCUAUGAAGAAGCAGCGCAAGUGGCCUUUGAUCAGAAAGAUGAGAGCGCAUUAUUUUUCGUUCAGAACAAGUGUCCAGUUCGGGAGUCCACCAAGCAUGCCAAAAUUCAAGCCCUCUUGGACCAACUUUCAACCAAAAAGUAGUUAAGUUAUAAUUAAGGGAAUAUAAAUAAAAUUGAUUCCACAAACAACCGCUGAUAUUUUUGUUAAUUUUAAAUCAAAAUUAUCCCAUAUUGCUUACUUUGUUAAUCUUAACUUUAUAACCUUUUGUAACAUAAAAUCAGUUUGAUUCCACCUGUAAGUGGUAAUUGUAAGUAAAAAAUAUUAUAAAAUUUAAAAUUAAGCAUUAUUUAUUGUGAUAUUAAUAGAUAUGUCUGUAAUCGUAAUUUAGUUACUGAUAAAUAAAACUCAUAUAUGG